AUUAUAGAGAAACAUAACUUAUUAUCGCUAAAAUGCACUUAUAGUGCGCAUCUUGUCAGAAAUAAAACGAUUUCAAUAACACACGCCUUGUGACGGGAUCCAAAUUUUGUCAGUCAAAAGCAGUUACUUAUGCAGAGAAGGGAAGAGAGAGUAGAAAAUAGAUAUCUUUUGCGUGAGCCUCUCUUUGCCCGUACGAUUCUUCGGGCUCUAUGAGAUAUCGAAUUUUCUUCUCAAGGUUAGAUUUUUCGCUUUCUACUAAAAUUUUGCAAAAAUUCUCAUUUUGUUUUGUUGUUGAAGAUUUCGUUACAAGUUCCUUUUUUUUUUACUUCUCGGUGUAAAAUUAGAACUUGCAGGGACCUCGAUAAUUAACUGAUGUCUAAUUUUAUCGUGGAACGGUUGAGAAUUUUGGUGAUUAAGGGUUUCGAUUUUGAUUUUGGGUUUAUCAUGUUUUUGAAAAAGUAGAGGGAAAAAAAUUAAGACUUUUGAUUUUUACGAUGUUGGGUUUCACUGUAAAUGAGGUUCUAAUGGCGGAGUAAUAACAUAAGUGUGUGUUUCAUUUACUGGUUUAGUGAUUUUUCAAAUGGUCGUUUGUCUAAUCAAAAAGAUAUUUCUUUUAAGUUUUUGGAGAUCAGACAGUUACAUAUGUUUAUGUUGCUAGUUCUUGUCUGAGACAGUUACAUAUGUUUAUGUAGCUAGUUCUUGUCUGAAUCGUGGAUCAAUGCCCAUAUCUCUGGAAGCUUAAUGUGAUUUUCUUUGAGAAGUGCAACAUAUAUCUUCUUGUAUCUUGUUGAGAUCACUUCAGGUUGUGUGAUUUUCUCAGAAAUUAUUGACCUCUAGUCUUGUUACUGCAGUUUCAGUACCUUUUUUGUUUGUUUGAUGUAAAAUUAGCAGUUUCAGUUUUGAGUACUUUGCUCUUAAUUUUGUCUCUUGGUUGAUUCCUUUUCUCUGAUGUAGAAUUGAGUGGGCUGAUCAGUAACUAAGUUCUUCUUAUGCAGGUAACAGAUAAACACGAAUGUUUUCAGAAGUAGAAAUGGCUCGAGACGUGGCUAUAUGUGCCAAACACUUGAAUGGCCAAUCGCCGCACCAACCGAUUCUAUGCAGACUACUCCAAGAUCUAAUACACGAGAAAGCGUGCAGGGAACACGGAUUCUAUCUCGGCAUCACCGCUCUAAAAAGCAUCGGUAACAACAAGAACAACAACAUCGACAACGAAAACAAUCAUCAAGCAAAAAUCCUCACAUUCCCGGUGUCCUUCACAUGCCGCACAUUCUUGCCUGCAAGAGGAGAUAUCUUGCAAGGGACUGUAAAAAAAGUGUUGUGGAACGGAGCUUUUAUCAGGUCAGGACCACUCAGAUACGCAUACCUCUCACUCUUGAAAAUGCCACAUUAUCAUUAUGUCCACUCACCAUUGUCGGAGGACGAGAAACCGCAUUUUCAGAAAGACGACCUCUCAAAGAUUGCUGUUGGAGUUGUUGUGCGGUUUCAGGUGUUGGCUGUGCGGUUUAAAGAGAGACCACACAAGAGAAGAAACGACUAUUAUGUUCUUGCAACUUUGGAAGGCAAUGGUUCAUUUGGUCCCAUCUCUCUUACAGGGUCAGAUGAGCCAUACAUGUAACCCAAACAAGGCACCAAAAGUUAAAAGUCUUUAGAUACUUUUUUGCUUUUAGGUUAACCUCAGAUUCGUUGGGGUUGUUUCGUGUUAAACUGGAUCGACAAGAAAUAUUUGUAAACAAAGUUGACAGAACCAAUUACAUUCUAUUAAUUUCAAUUGGUCAAUACCGACAGAGUUACAUAUUGAUA